GGCGGAAGGAGGGUGCGCCUCUGGCUGCAGAGGGUUGAGCCCCGGCUUUCCAGCUGCGAUCCGGCCGGCGCCAUGGAGGACGCGCUGCUGUGGUUCUGCAACUGGAGCACCCUGGGCGUGUGCGCCGGGCUCAAGCUGCCGCAGAUCUACGCGCAGCUGGCGGCGCGCAGCGCGCGGGGCAUCAGCCUCCCGAGUUUACUUCUGGAGCUGGCCGGGUUCCUGGUCUUCCUGCGCUACCAGUGUUACUACGGGAACCCGCUGCUCACCUACCUGGAGUACCCCAUUCUCAUCGCUCAAGAUGUCGCCCUCCUGCUCUGUGUCUUUCAUUUUAACGGAAACAUGAAACAGGCCGCGCCCUACAUAGCUGUAUUUGUGUCUUCUUGGUUCAUCCUCAGCCUGCAGAAGUGGAUCAUUGACCUGGCCAUGAACUUAUGUACGUUCAUCAGCGCGGCCAGUAAGUUCGCCCAGCUCCAGUAUCUGUGGAAAGUGCAAGACUCGGGGGCCGUGAGCGCGCUGACCUGGGGCCUCGCUGCGUACACCUGUGCAACAAGAAUAAUAACAACUUUAAUGACCACCAAUGAUUUUACAAUUCUUAUUCGUUUUGUGAUCAUGCUGGCUUUAAACAUAUGGGUAACAGCUACAGUACUUCGCUACCGGAAGCCCGUCAUAAAGGCUGAAUGACGGACCUUAUUGCUACACAAAAAGUGGAUUUUGAGUAACUGAAGCAAAGGAAAAAGCAGCUCAUUGCUACGUGAAGGUCUUUUAUGUAUUUAGUCAAUCAUUUCAGGAAACUUUGAAGUCAGAGGUAUUUAGGACUUCAAAGAGUACUUAAACUUGUUUUAAAAAAUGCCAGUUUUGCUGGGUAUGGUGGCAUAUGCCUGUAAUUGCAGGUACUCAGAAGGCUGAGGUAGGAGGAUGACAGGUUUCAGGUCAGCCUGGGUAACUUGAGGAGACCCUGUUUCAAAAUAAAAUAAGGGCUGGUGUGUUUCUCAUGGUAGAGCGCUUGCUUUGCAUAUGUGAGACCCAGGGAUCAAUACCCAGGACCAGGGAGAAACGUCUUAGAAGGCGGGUUUCCCUCCCUUUCCCCACUCCUGAGGUCACAGCCAGGCUGACAGCUCAUUUUUGAUAUCUGCAGUGACCCACAGAAGAUGCUCAAGCAGCCUACGAGCCCUCGUUCUUCAAGUCAUGAUUAAGUACUUUCUGAAAAGCCAACUACAUCUAUUUUUCAGGUUUCAAAAUCUUUUAAGUAAUAACUUCUUUCCACAAUUAAAAUGAACACGGAAUGAGAUUCUGCUCAGUUGGGAAAUGAAACUGCAAUAUAUCAGCAGGGCUCGCUCUGGGCCUGCUUAAUUGUAACACAAAUAAAACAGCACAGCCUGGCUUGAUGCUACACACCUGCCGGGCUAAGCAGGGAGAGCUAAGCACCUCCUGGGAAGGCUGGUGUUCUGUGCUCAGUGUCCUUUGGCUUCACCCUGUGCCUUUGAAUAUUUCUAUAAAAUGGUACUGAUAGUUGUAAUCUCCACUGAGGAUGAGGAAAUGUAUCCCAGGGAACUUCCCAGUUUAAUCACAAUGCUACCAUUUAAAAAGGGCUACACCUGUAUCAUUACUGGGUUUCGGUAUAAGACACCACUUUUUACCUAUUGAAAAUAUAGUAGUAAAGGGCAGUGCUAGGUUCUGUCUAAAGCUUAUGGAUUUUAUUCUUAUAGUAUCUUGUCCUAAACAUGUUAAGAGUAUUCCCUAACAUUUCGAAACUCAAAUCCCCCUUCUACGUGAAUGGUAUUAUUCUCUUAUAUGCAGUAAGUAAGCAAUGUUUACUAGUAUACGUUUACUUUCCUGUGAACCUGUGUAUAAUAAACUUUCAUAUUUUGGACUCUGAUUGAUUGAUUGAUUGAUGCUGGGGAUUGAAACUAGGGUCACAUACAUGCUAGGCAAGCACUCUACCACUAAGCUUUAAUGUAAUUUUUGAAGUUAUGUAAUUUUUCAAUAAACUGGUUACUUAUUUCAGAACUACCGCUUGGGAUCAUGAGGAAGAAAAAUACUGUAUUGAAAACCCCAAAGACGGGCUGGGGAUGUGGCUCAAGUGGUAGCGCGCUUGCCUGGCAUGUGUGCGGCCCGGGUUCGAUCCUCAGCACCACAUACAAACAAAGAUGUUGUGUCCGCCGAAAACUAAACAAAAUAAAUAAAUAAAUAAAAAAGAAGAAAACCCCAAAGACUCGGAAGGCAGAGACAGGAGGGUCCAAGCUGGAGGCCAGUCUGGGAAAGACAGUGGGACUGUGACUCAAAAGAAAAAAAUGCUGGGGGUAGCUCAAUGGUAGUGUCCCUAGGUUCAAUCCCAGUAGCAGAAACUAAAAUUAAAAAAAAAAAAAAAUCAUUCUCAUGUAGCUGUUUUGAUCAUAGAUGGCCUUUAAAAAAAUCCAAGUUGAUAUUUCCUCAUAUACACUUAUAACCUAUUAGUGCAAAUGCAAAUUAUGUGAUUUUUUAUUCCAAUGAAGGUUUUGAUAUACUUUAUCAUUGCUUAAAAUAACUCCCUUAAGAACAUAUCUAAGAAGAGUUCUCCGAUUUUUCCUCUUUGGGAAGGAACAAACAUUUUAAUUAUUCCAGACACACAUUUAAUCCUUCAUUUAACAGGUAAAAACAUUGAGGUGAGUGCAGCUGUGGUCUAGACCACGCCAGCCCAUGCUUUAUACCCAGGUUUUAGGGAAGACAAAUUUUUUGGUAAGCUUUAGAAAGCUGUAGCAUUCCAGGACUAUUUCACAGGCAAAGUAUGAAAAUGCUUACAUCUUAAUUAUUUAUUUAUUUUUUUAUAAAAAGCAGGCAUAAAAUACAAUUACAUUUCUACAAAGAUGCAAUAAAAUUAAAAAAAAAUCAAGGGGGCACGAUUUUUGUUCAUGGGGACAAUUGAUCAGCUAUUUAUGAUGAUCUAAACCAUGCAGUUCAUAACUUAUUACAAUCCCAAACAUACGUCACCAUGGGGAAGGGAAUCAGGCGAGGCCCCAGGCGUGACACCCACACUGUCACACAGUGCUCUUCUUCAAAGUGCUUUAGGGCCGAGGCACCUUCACAAGCUAGGGGAGCUGAAGCCUCCGCCAGGCGAGGGAGCGAAUCAGUAGCAGUGUCACCGGGGACUGAGAGGCUCAGUGAGGUAGGUGCUGAGGGGUGUAGACACCUACUCAGAGCCUUCUCAGUGAGGUGAGUGUAGUGUCUGAGUGUCUGCUCUACCCUCAGAGUCCUAUGAGAAGGACGAGCAGCAGCAUCAGCAGCAGGACUUGUGAAACUGCGCGUGGUGGCCUAGGGCUUCCCGGGUAGGAUCCAUGUACUGACUGAGGCCCAGCAGCCCCGCAGAGGCGCAUCCUGGACCCCGGCACUGCUGCAGUUCCAAAAGCGCUCACUGGUUAUACGUGCCCUACCCAUUAGUCAGCUACAGCAUUUUAAACUUUCAGAUUUUUUUAAAAAAAUCUUGCUUCUAGAUAGGUCUUCAAAAAUUAAUACUUAAAAAAAUUCAUUAUACAUUAAUCUUCAACAGUAAUACCGGCACUAGUUUUACUUCUGUCUCGCUAUCCCCACAAAAGUAAAAAAAAAAUUAAACUAAGAAAAUCCCAGUAUUCACUCUUUCUUAGUUCCCAUAGGAGGUAUUCGUGGCUCUAGGAGAAAUCAGGUGUGAAGAAAUAAACAGAAUUUGGUCUUAUAAAUAUCUUAGAAAUUCUGGAACCUCAAGAAAAAGAAACUGGCACAAAAUCAGGUUGUUUCAUAUUUACCAAGUGUUGGGAAGAAAAUGUGGACAGAUGUGUACAUGAAGGUGGCAACUGGGGAAAAAGCAAAUUCUCACCCAAGGUCAGAAUUUUUUAUUAAGCACAUUUCCAUUAGUUGGACAAACAACCUUAUAAAUCUUUUUAUCAAACCAUAUAAUGUGAAGAAUCUCCAUGGGAGAGAUUUUUUUCUCACCCCUCAGAAAAUCUUUUCCCCUAAAUACUUCAUAUUAAUUUUUCUUGUACAGUUGUAUCACACCAUGAUUCUCCCUGUUCAUAUAUAUACACAUAUGCAUAUAUGUAUAUACAUAUACACGUACAGCAUUCAAAAUUCAAACUUUUGCUUUUUACUCAGAUACUUCAAUUACUCGUGUAAACUUGAAAUUAUUUCACCUUAAUAAAGUUUAUUAAAAAAUAUAUAUAUAUAUAUAUAUAUACUCUCCAAUUCAGAAUAAUAGGAUAGAACCUCCCAUAGUGUAACAAAAUCUUUAUAUAAAAUAUUAAUUCAGUCUCCUUUUAACAACUCUAAUGAAUGGAAUAUUUCUUCUAUAUAAAUUUUAUAUAUUUUUCAUUUUAUUCAUU